AUGACGGCCGCCGACGCGGUCGCGAUCGAGGUGGACGGCGCACCUUCUGCCUCGACCGCGGAGGAGGAGAGGACGCGGAUCAUCAAGAGACGGGUCGCGAACGCGCGCGAUGUUUUGACCCGAGACGUGACGCAGCUCCCACGCGAUCCUCUCACCGCGUGCGGGCAGAGCUCCUUGGGGUUCCGAGACUUGUCGUUCUCGAUCAGGUCGAAAGAGCUCGGGGAGAAGCUCAUACUCGCGCCCUCGAGCGGCGCGUACAAGGCCGGCAGCAUGGUCGCGAUCAUGGGCCCGAGCGGGUGCGGGAAGACGACGCUGCUGGACAUGCUCGCCGGGAAGAAGACGACGAAGUACUCCGGCGAGGUCUUCCUCAACGGCACGAAGCGCGAUCAUCUCUACUCGAGGGUCACGUCCUACGUCCCGCAUAACGAGAUCGUUCCGGCGUACUGGACCGUGUCGGAAGCUGUCGAGUUUAACCACCGGCUGCGCGUCGACGCCGUGGACAUGAGCCCGGAGUGUCGUAAGUUGCUCGUGGAGGAGAUCUUAAACUUUUUCGGCCUGCUGAGCGUGAAGAACCAGCUCAUCGGCGACGAGCGCACGCGCGGCAUCAGCAGCGGCCAAAAGAGGCGCGUCACGCUCGCGCGCGGCUUCGUCGGCGGAUCGCAAGUCGUCUUCGCGGACGAGCCCACCUCCGGUCUCUCCGCCACGGACGCGGAGCUGUGCAUCCGAUCCGUCGCCGCGGCGUCGAGGACGCAAGGGACGACGUUCGUGGUCGUCAUCCACCAGCCGCGAAUGGAAGUCGCCGCGUUGUUCGACCACCUCACGCUGAUCACGAGUAAUCCCGGGAGGGUGGUGUACAACGGCGCGUUCGCGGACGCGAACAAGUACUUCUCCGAUCUCGGGUGCGCGCCGCCGAAGGGCGGGAACGCGACGGAUUAUUUCAUGGACGUCAUCACCCCGGACGUCCCCGGGUCCAAGUCCGAGACGUUCGCGAAGGCGUAUCUGGAGAGGCAGGCGCCCGUCGUGGAACGCGACGUCGGCGACAUGAUCGCAGCGGGGGGGAAGAGCGCGUUGGAGAUUCUGCACGACGUCGCGGCGAUCAGAGGGAAGCUGUUCAAGACGCACAAGGUGAGAGACACGCCGUGUUCUGUGCCGUUUCAGACGCAAGUGUCGACGCUCAUGAUGCGUCGGUUGACGCUCACCGCGCGAGACAAGAGCCACUUGCGUCUGCGGGUGAUGAUGUCGAUUCUUCAGGGGCUCGUCAUCGGCGUCGCGUUUCUGGACAUCGGCAAUAAGCUCCCCGCGCAGCAAGUGUCGUUCCUGUUCAUGAUGCUGCAGAUGGGCGCGGUCGCGAACAUGAUCGUCAUGCCGGAGAUGAUCGCGCAGAGGAUGGUGUUUAAGUUUGAAACCUCCGACGCGAUGUACGAGACGUCCGCCGCGGUGCUCGUGGACUCCGUCGUGCAGUUCGCGCUCACCGUGCUCGGGAACUUCGUCACCGUCGUCAUCAUGUACUCGCUGUCCGGGCUGUCGUGGUCGAUGUUCGGGACGCUGUACUUUUGGAGCUUCAUGUCUCUGAUGGUGAUGACGAACUACUUUAAAGUCGUCGCCGCGGUCGCGCCGACGCCGUCGCAGGCGUUCCAAGUCGCGAUGCCGGGGCUCAUGUUGUUCAUUCUUUUCAACAAUUUUUUCGUGUCGCGGGCGACGGUGCCGAUUUUCAUGAUAUGGGCGCUGUACGUCUCCCCCAUGGCGUGGGCGAUCGAGCAGAUCAUCACGGGGAUAUACCCCGAGAACCCGACGCUCGUGGAGCUGUACGACUACGACUACAGCGACACGCACACGGUCGCGGCGUUUUUUGUGCUGUUGUUCGAAAUGGUGCUCUUUCAGAUUUUUUCCCUCGUGUGCUUGCGGUAUCUGAACAACAUCAAGCGAUGA